AUGGCCCCAGUUAAACAAGACUUUAACAUAGACGUUCAAACAAUCGAGAACACUGACAUCUCUUUGUCUGAAUACAUAUAUCUUAGGAUAGCCCAAUUGGGUGUCAAGUCGAUCUUUGGUGUCCCAGGUGACUUCAACCUGAAUCUUGUGGAUGAACUAGACAAAGUUCCCCAAUUGAAAUGGAUAGGAUGUUGUAAUGAGCUAAAUGCCACUUAUGCUGCUGACGGCUAUGCAAAAGCAUCAGGAACGAUAGGCGUUGUGGUCACUACUUAUGGUGUGGGUGAGCUAAGCGCCAUCAACGGUAUAGCAGGAGCAUUCGCCGAAUAUGCUCCUGUUCUUCACAUUGUAGGCACCUCCGCUAUGGCAACAAAACGACUUGAACAUGUGCACAACAUUCAUCAUCUUGCAGGGUCUAAGAAUUUCUUGGAUAGACCAGACCAUUAUAUAUACGAAAAAAUGGUUGAUGACAUCUGCAUUGUCAAAGAGUCUUUAAGCGAGAUCGAAAAUGCCUGUGGCCAGAUAGAUAAUGCCAUCGUACAGACUUAUCUGCUUUCCAGACCAGGAUACCUAUUUUUACCUAGAAAUAUGGCCACUAUGAAAGUUCCAAGAGAAAGGCUAUUCAACCAACCAUUAGCCUUGGAAAGAGUUGAUCUUCACCCCGGUGAAACGCUACAAGUUGUUGAGAAGAUCUUGGAAAAGUUCUAUCAUGCAAAAGAACCGGCCUUGAUUGUGGAUUAUUUAACCAGACCCUUUAGAAUGAUGGAAAACUGCUCCAAGUUGAUCGGUGCUUUGGAGAAUAAAGUCAACAUUUUCAGCAGACCAAUGUCCAAAGGCUUUGUCGAUGAGAGCCACCCAAGAUAUAUUGGCUGUUAUAUUGGAAAACAAUCCAAGCACCCAAGUACUAGUGAUAUUCUAGAAAAAAAGAGCGAUUUCAUUCUGAGUGUGGGAACGUUUGAUGUUGAAACGAAUAACGGAGGCUUCACAUCCAAGCUUCCCCAAGAACAUUUGGUGGAAUUGAACCCUCAUUUUACUCGUGUUGGAACUCAAUGCUUUUCAAAUGUUAACAUGUGCCAUGUCCUCCCACUCCUGGCAAGUAAGCUGAGAGGUGAUUUGAUCAGCAUGGCCACAGUUCAUCCAAAUGAUUUCAGCCUCAGAAAGAAAGAAAAGGCACAGGAUAAAAUGAAGGCUCUCAACCAGAGCCAUCUUGUAAAAUCUACAGAGCUACUCCUAAAUGCAAACGACACUUUGAUAGUUGAAACUUGCUCAUUUAUGUUUGCAGUUCCAGAUAUCGCGUUCCCUAACAAUACACAAUUUAUCAGUCAGUCAUUCUACAACUCCAUAGGAUACGCACUUCCCGCCACCUUGGGUGUCAGCAUUGCAAAGCGUGAUUUCAGAAAACCAGGAAAAGUCGUACUUAUUCAAGGGGAUGGCUCUGCUCAAAUGACCAUUCAAGAACUGGCUACCAUGGUCAGACAAAAGGUCAAACCCACCAUUUUACUCCUCAACAACGAAGGAUACACAGUUGAACGAAUGAUUCUAGGUCCAACCAAAGAAUAUAACGAUAUAGCUCCUAAUUGGGAUUGGACUGGAAUGCUGAGAGCAUUCGGCGAUAUACGUGGCCAUUCCAAGAGCAUCUCAAUUGACACAUGUGGUAGAUUAGAUAAGCUCGUUCAAACUCGAGAGUUUCAAGAACCUACACACCUAAAUUUUGUGGAACUUAUCUUGGGCAGAAUGGACGCCCCGGAAAGGUUUGCCAAUAUGGUAAAAGAAAUUGCUAACUUAGAGCACGCAAGUAAAAGUAUUCAUUAG